AUGAGUGAAUGGGACCUUAAGAUUCUUUGUAUGGGCGCUGGAUACGUCGGUGGUCCAACAAUGGCGGUUAUUGCGAAGCAAUGCCCCAAGAUCCGUGUCGUUGUUGGAGACAUUUCUCAAAAGCAAAUCGAUGGCUGGAAUUCUGACAACUUGCCAAUUUAUGAACCUGGACUCCUUGAGGUUGUCAAGGAAGCCCGUGGAAGAAAUCUUUUCUUCUCUACUGACUUGGACAAGGAAAUCCAAGAGGCCGAUAUUGUCUUCAUUUCUGUCAACACCCCAACCAAGACCUCUGGAAUUGGUGCUGGACGUGCUGCCAACAUUAAAAACUGCGAGCUCUGUGCUCGACAAAUUGCCAAGGUCGCCAAGAGUGACAAGAUUGUCGUUGAAAAGUCCACUGUGCCCGUUCGUACUGCCUCUGCCAUUCAGCGUAUUCUCAAGUCUAACGAAAACGGAAACUCCUUCCAAGUCUUGAGUAACCCAGAGUUUUUGGCUGAGGGUACCGCUAUCACAGAUCUCAUGAAUCCCGAUCGUGUGCUUAUUGGAGGACAGCAAACUCCCGAAGGACUUAAGGCUGCCGAAACCCUAGCCAGCGUCUAUGCCAACUGGAUACCACGUGAACAAAUCCUCACCACCAACUUGUGGUCUUCCGAGUUGUCGAAGCUCGUGGCUAAUGCCUUCUUGGCCCAACGUGUCUCCUCUAUCAACUCUAUCUCUGCUCUUUGUGAAUCUACUGGAGCUGAUGUUUCUGAAAUUAGCCGCGCUGUCGGUAUGGAUGACCGUAUCGGAAAGAGAUUCUUGCAGUCGUCUGUCGGAUUUGGAGGAUCGUGCUUCCAAAAGGACAUCCUGAAUCUUGUCUACCUAUGCGAGACUUAUGGGCUUCAAGAAUGUGCCGACUACUGGAGAGGUGUUAUCAAUAUGAACGACUUCCAAAAGAGACGUUUCUCCGAGAAGGUUGUUGCCGCCAUGUUCAACACCGUCACUGGGAAGAAAAUUUCAAUUCUGGGAUAUGCCUUUAAGAAGGAUACUGGGGAUGUCAGAGAAACACCAUCGAUGUUCGUCGUUCGCGACUUGCUUCAAGAAGGAGCCAAACUUCACAUUUACGAUCCUCAAGUCAGCCGUGAAGACAUGUGGAGCGAAAUGAGUUACACUUGUGGCGUCAAUCACGAUAACACCCCUCGCUUGGACGAAUCUGUCACCACCGAAGAUGACGUAUACAAGACCUGCGAGGGAUCUCAUGGAGUCUGCAUCCUGACAGAGUGGGACGAAUUCAAGACAUUGGACUUCAAGAAGAUCUACGACUCAAUGGCCAAACCUGCGUUCUUUUUCGACGGCCGUCUCAUCUGCGACCACAAGGCACUUCGAGAAAUUGGCUUUGAGGUAUAUGCCAUCGGCAAACCCGACCCAAACAAAUUCUCUGGGGUGUAA